AUCGUUACAAUGAAAGUUCUUCACGUUGCCGAAAAAAAUGAUGCAGCCAAGAACAUCGCUGCCAUUCUGUCGAAUGGGAAUCAUCGUACUUGCGACGGCUUGUGCCGUUACAACAAAAUAUAUGAGUUCACAAUGCCGCACUUCCGGAAUGAAGCGAACGUCAGCGCUCGAAUGACCUCCGCGUCCGGACACAUACUGAACUUCGCAUUCCCCGAUCAAUACAAGGACUGGAACUCCAUAGAUCCAUUGGUCUUAUUCGACGCCCCGCUCAUUCAAAAAUGUGAAACCGAGACCGCCGAGCAGAUACGUCGUACCCUCGAGAGGGAGAUCAAAAGGUGCAAGCAUUUGAUUAUAUGGACGGACAACGACCGCGAGGGUGAGGCCAUCGGAUUCGAGAUAAUUGACAUAUGCAAAAGAGUUGAACCGAAUGUCAGAGUUUGGAGAGCAAAGUUCUCCGAAAUAACGAGAUCAUCGAUCGAGCGUGCCUUGAACUCACUCCAAGAGCCCAACCAGCUGCUGAACUACGCGGUACUCGUCAGGAGUCAACUAGAUCUCCGGAUAGGAGCGGCUUUCACAAGAUUGCAAACCAUGCGGGUCGGGAGACGUUUCUCGGCGACGCGCUCAAAUGUCCUUAGCUACGGCAGUUGCCAGUUUCCAACCCUGGGUUUCGUCGUGGAAAGAUACAAAGAAAUCGAUGAAUUCCGUGCCGAGAGGUUCUAUAAGAUCGAAGUGAAACACGUCAAGGACGAACUCUACGGAGAAUUUAUUUGGAAACGUGGCAGGCUCUUCGAUCAUUCGAUCACCCUGAUCCUGUAUGAACGGCUUCUAGAGAGGCCUCAUAUGAAAAUUUCUACAAUCGAAGCUAAGAGCAAAGCGAAGUUCCGGCCCCAACCAAUGGACACUGUCAGUCUCGAAAAAUUGGCAUCUCGAAAACUGCGUAUGACUGCGAAAGAAGCCUUGGCUCAUGCUGAGAAGCUCUACACUGAAGGUUUGAUCAGUUAUCCUAGGACAGAAACAAACAAAUUCCCACCGGAAAUUCAACUGCUGCCACUUGUUGAAGCGCAAUGCCAGAGUCCUCAAUGGGGUGAUUUUGCGACGAGAAUAGUCAACGAAUGGGGCGGACCCCAUCCUCGCAACGGUAACAAAUCUGAUCAGGCGCAUCCGCCGAUUCAUCCUACAAAAUACGCUCAACUUAAUUUACAGGACAACAAAGGCAAAGUAUACGAAUUGGUAGUCAGACAUUUUUUGGCCUGUGUGUCACAAGAUGCAAGAGGAUCGGAGACCAACGUCAAGGCCGCAAUAGACGAGGAACAUUUCUCUCUCAACGGUCUUCAGAUCAUUGAAAGAAAUUAUUUAGAUGUUUAUCCUUACGAGAAAUGGUCCGCCAAAGUCAUACCGUCGUAUCGAGAAGGAGAAACAUUCACGCCGACGGAAAUACUCAUGAGCGAAGGACGGACCUCGGCUCCGAGUCUCCUCACCGAAGCGGAUCUGAUUGCUCUAAUGGAGAAGCACGGAAUCGGUACGGAUGCUACCCACGCGGAACAUAUAGACAAGGUCAAACAAAGGGAAUAUAUAGGGAUGGCUGACCAGAUACAUUUCGUUCCGGGACAAAUCGGGAUGGGACUCGUUGAAGGAUACGAUGACAUGGGUUUCGAGAUGAGCAAGCCGCGCCUUCGAGCAUCACUCGAAAACGACUUGAUGGACAUCUGCGAAGGUCGGAAAAACCACCAGGAAGUCCUCGAGAAUCAAAUCCAAAUUUAUCGAAGGACCUUCCUCAAUACCUUACAGCAGCUCAAUAAACUCAGCGACGCCAUGGGGAAGUAUCUUCAGCAACCUGUGCAAGAGAUGCUCCCUGACUCGGUAGUUCGAGAAGUGCUGCCUUGUCCUCUGUGUCGACAGGGCAAAAUGGGGCUCCGGAAGAAUCGCGCCGGUGACAAGUGGUUCAUCUCAUGCAUGUCAGGCUGCCAGGCUGUGAUGUGGCUACCCAGCAACGCGCUCGAUAAUUGCGAAGUCGCUGCAACCCGCUGUCCAUCCUGCACGGACACUUUCGAGAUAAAGUUCUUCCUCAAAGAAGGGAAGUACACAUCCUUGCCCAGAGAAUAUGUUGCCUGUGUCUCUUGCAACGAUACCGCAACGAACCUCUUCAACCUUCGAGUAGUCGCAGGGAACCCUCAAGCUCAGACCAGCAAGCUCCACGAGGAGGUGGACACGUCGCGAGAGGAGGAACGGCGAUGA